GGCGCCGACUGGGAGCCUCUGCGGGACCUCCUCCGACCGAGCAGCCGAGGCACCGCCCCGCGCCCGCCGUCGCGUCCGGACGACUCCUGCACCGCCCAGGGGAACGAGCUCCGAGCAUCUCGGGGUGCGGCCACUCCUCGGGGCCAGGAGCGUGGAAGCCAAGUGCUAGGAACCUCCGGACCCGAGCUCAGCCUCUUCCCGCCGCCCGAAUCAUCAUGACCCACUUCAACAAGGGCCCUUCCUACGGGCUCUCGGCCGAGGUCAAGAACAAGAUCGCCUCCAAGUAUGACCACCAGGCGGAAGAAGAUCUUCGCAACUGGAUAGAGGUGACAGGCAUGAGCAUUGGCACCAGCUUUCAGCUGGGCCUGAAAGAUGGCAUAAUCCUCUGCGAGCUCAUAAACAAGCUGCAGCCCGGCUCCGUGAAGAAGGUGAACGAGUCCUCAUUAAACUGGCCUCAGCUGGAGAAUAUUGGUAAUUUUAUUAAAGCUAUUCAGGCUUAUGGUAUGAAGCCACAUGACAUAUUUGAAGCCAAUGAUCUUUUUGAGAAUGGGAACAUGACCCAGGUUCAGACGACGCUGGUGGCCCUGGCAGGCCUGGCUAAAACAAAAGGAUUCCACACCACCAUUGACAUUGGCGUGAAGUACGCAGAAAAACAAACAAGACGUUUCGAUGAAGGAAAAUUAAAAGCCGGCCAGAGUGUAAUUGGCUUGCAGAUGGGAACCAACAAAUGCGCCAGCCAAGCAGGUAUGACAGCCUACGGGACGCGGAGGCAUCUUUAUGAUCCCAAAAUGCAAACCGACAAACCUUUUGAUCAGACCACGAUUAGUCUGCAGAUGGGCACCAACAAAGGAGCCAGCCAGGCGGGCAUGUUGGCACCAGGCACCCGGAGAGACAUCUACGAUCAGAAGCUAACACUACAACCCGUGGACAACUCGACGAUUUCGCUCCAGAUGGGCACCAACAAAGUCGCUUCCCAGAAAGGCAUGAGCGUGUACGGGCUUGGGCGGCAAGUGUACGACCCCAAAUACUGCGCUGCUCCCACCGAACCGGUCAUUCACAACGGAAGCCAAGGAACGGGAACGAAUGGGUCGGAAAUCAGCGAUAGCGAUUAUCAGGCAGAGUACCCCGAUGAGUAUCAUGGCGAGUACCCGGAUGACUACCCCAGAGAUUAUCAAUACGGCGACCAGGGCAUUGAUUAUUAGGUUCACGGGGGAGCUCAGCGUGUAGCCCGUUGUCUUAUUCAGUGAGAACCAAGCUAGCCUUGAGUAAGUUUUUAAUCUCGUCUUCCUAAAACACUAUUAUGCUUAUUCUACCUAAAGGAAAUAUUGCCUUACAUACAUUCCUUUUUCCUUUUUCAGCCUCUUCCCUAAAUAGUUGCCUUCUAGUGCUGUAACAGUUAAAUCCUACAGCAUAACCGAUAACUCGCAUAUGAAGUAAAAAGGAAGACUGUGAAAGGGAGGACUCUUGUACAGUCAAUUCUUUUAUUGAAAAAAAAAUCUAUGCAUUUUUACAGUCCUCUACUUAAAACUGGUAUUUUCAAACAAUAGGAAGCGUCCUGGUUUGUUCGUUUUUUUUUUUUUUCUUACAGUUUCGUAUCUGGUUUCUACAUGGAAGACUAAACUCAUGCUUAGAGUUAAAUGUGGUCUUUGCCAGCUAAAUUUAAGAUGCAGCAUUUUUAGAAAUUUACGUAUCAAUGUUUCUACAGUAUUGUUUGCUAAUUUUUAAAUAAAGUCCUGAUCAGCGUGCAUUUGUGAUUACACGUGUACUCAUUCUCUUACCUAAGCCGACAAGACCCUUUCUGAGGGGUGUUUCGAAGGAGCGUGUACAAAACCAGCCCGCAGACGUCGAGGUCUAGGGGUGCGUGUGCUCUUCCUGUUUGUGCCAAUGUAUCGCUGUAGAGUUGCUCUGUUUUCUUCCACUGUAUUUAUUGCUGCAUUUCUCAGCAUAAACUUAUCCCAUUGUAUUUUUUAUAAAUAAAUAUUUUUUUUGAACAUUCA